AUGUGGGGGAGCGUGUACACACUGGGCUACAAUCCCCGCCCCGGCUGCGGCUCCCGCGCCUCCUCCCCGCCGCACUCUGCUGUCCUGCCGCACUUCCCUAGCCUCCCACGGGUCCCGGCUGCCGCUCCUGCCCAGCUCCCCUGGCCUGCCCCGCGGCGGCCCCGGACCCUGCGCCACCGCAUGGAGCCCAACUCAUCGGGGAAUGCUUGCACCCCGGGACUCGGGCCGGGACCCGGGCUGGGCCGGGGGCUGCGCCCUGGGCCGCAGGCCAACCACUUCUCUGCUCCGGUGACCGCGCUGCUGGCCGCGCUCAUGGCGCUACUGGCGCUGGCCACGGUGCUGGGCAACGCGCUGGUCGUGGUGGCCUUCGCUGUGGACCGCAGCCUGCGCUCCCGCAGCAACUUCUUCUUCCUCAACUUGGCCGUCGCGGACUUGCUGGUGGGCGGCUUCUGCAUCCCACUGUACAUCCCCUACAUCCUGACCGGAGAGUGGAAGUUCGGGAAGGGACUGUGUAAACUGUGGCUGGUGACGGAUUACCUGGUGUGCACCGCCUCGGUAUUCAACAUCGUCCUCAUCAGCUACGACAGGUUCAUCUCUGUCACCAGGGCGGUGACUUACAGGGCUCAGAAGGGCAUGACCAGGAAUGCUGUCUUCAAGAUGGCACUGGUGUGGGUGGCAGCAUUCCUCCUCUAUGGGCCUGCCAUCAUCAGCUGGGAGUAUGUGGCCAAAAGAAGCAUCCUGCCCCGGGGGGAGUGCUAUGCUGAGUUCUUCUACAAUUGGUACUUCCUCAUGACGGCCUCCAUCAUCGAAUUCUUCACACCUUUUGUCAGUGUCACUUACUUCAACUUGAGCAUCUAUAUCAACAUUCAGAAGAGAAGCAAGAAAAGGAAAGACCAGGGCCUCUCUACCAAGCAAAACAGUGUUUCCUUGGAUGUGCCUGGGACUCAAGAUUUACCGCCUCUGCAGUUAGACCUCAGAACCAAAGCAGCACGGCGUCGGCAGAGCCACUACAGGCCCAGCGAAAGCAUCUGCAAUGCUGAAAGGCAGGCAGACCUUGCCAACACUGUGGCCAGUCGCCUCCGGCUUUCCCGGGAUAAGCGAUUGGCCAAGUCAUUGGCCAUCAUUGUGUGUGUAUUUGGCCUGUGCUGGGCUCCCUACACUUUGUUCAUGAUCAUCCGAGCAGCCUGUCAUGGGACGUGCAUCCAGCACUCCCUCUAUGAGACAUCCUUCUGGCUCCUCUGGCUGAAUUCCGCUAUCAACCCUAUUCUGUACCCACUCUGCCACGUGAGUUUCAGAAAAGCGUUUAUCAAACUGCUGUGCCCUGGAAAGGCCAAGAUCCACCCUCAUAUGUACAUGUGA